AUAAUAUAAUUUUUCCUUCUUCCCUUUUCUCUCAAAACACGAUCUCUCUCGACGCAGCCGGAUAUCUCUCAUCUCUCUCUCGACGCAGCCACCCAAAGCUCCCCCACCACCACCACCACCCCCACCCCGAUCUCCUCUCUUCUUUCUCCUCUCUCCUCCAUCUCACCAGCGACGGGCAAUCCCAAACCCCCCUACACCACCGACGCACCACCACCAUCUCUCUCUCACAGAUCACUCAAUCUGGUGGAUCAAAUUGAUGCAUCUUGAGUUGUAGAACCGCGUUAAUUGCUGGAGAGAUAGAUGAGUAGCGGGGCCCGACACAGAACCCUUGGGGGUGGGGCUCAACAAAUUUUGGACUAUCUCAAGCGAAUGCAGGCAGAGAAUCCUGCUUUCUUUUAUGCAUUUCAGGGUGAUAAUGAGCACUCUACUGGAAACAUAUUUUGGGCUGAUGCAACUUCCAGGAUGAACUAUAAUCACUUUGGAGAUACUGUUAAGUUUGACACAUUCUACAGGAUGAACAACUACAAAGUACCAUUUGCAGCAUUCACAGGCCUAAAUCAUCAUGGGCAACCGGUCUUGUUUGGCUGUGCUUUACUUUUAAAUGAGUCUGAUACCACUUUUCUUUGGCUUAUCCAGACUUGGCUUCAUGCAAUGUCUGGACACUUCCCCGUCUCCAUUACUACUGACCCAGAUCGGCUCAUACAGAUGGCUGUUGCACAAGUCUUGCCUGGAACCCGUCACCGUUUCUGUAAGCAGAGCAUAUUCCUAGAAACUCAGGAGAAACUGGCUCAUAUAUAUCAGACACAUCCAACCUUCGAAAUGGAGUUCAAGAAGUGCAUUAAUGAGACCGAGACAGUUGAUGAAUUUGAGUCAUGCUGGGAAUCACUCCUAGAGAGAUACUACCUCUUGGAUAAUGAAUGGCUUCAGUCACUCUACAAUGCUCGUCACCAGUGGGUCCCAGUUUACAUGCGAGACACAUUUUUUGGAGAGUUGUGUAUGACGGACACUAGAGGUGACGCUGUAAACUUGUUUUUUGAUGGUUAUGUGAAUGCAGCAACCUCUAUACAGUUGCUAAUUAAACAGUAUGAGAAAGCUGUAGCAGGUUGGCAUGAAAAGGAAUUGAAGGCUGACUAUGAUACAACUAGCACUACGCCAGUUUUGAAGACACCAUCACCCAUGGAAAAACAAGCUGCAGACCUUUACACGAAGAGAAUAUUCACGAAAUUCCAAGAGGAACUAGUAGAGACCCUAGCUAAUCCUGCUACUAAAAUUGAAGAAUCUGGAACAAUUACUUCAUAUCGAGUGGCCAAGUAUGGGGAGGAGAUCAAAGCUCAUACUGUUAGGUUCAAUGCCUUUGAGAUGAAAGCUAACUGCAGCUGCCAAAUGUUUGAAUUUUCUGGUAUUAUUUGUAGGCACAUAUUGGCAGUUUUCAGAUCAAAAAAUGUUCUUACACUUCCUUCUGAAUAUCUGUUGAAACGGUGGACAAGGAAUGCCAAGAGUGGAGGCGCCGUUGAUGAACAGGCUUCUGAAUUGCGGGGAAAUUCUCAAGAGCCUUUGACUGUUAGACAUAACAAUCUACGGCAUGAAGCAAUUAAAUUCGUUGAAGAAGGAGCAAAGUCUAUACAUUUUUAUAACGUCGCUAUGGAUGCUCUACAAGAGGCUGCAAAAAAGGUUGCUGCUGCAAAGAAGCAAAGUUCUGGAGCCACACAGGGAAGCACGCUGGGCAAUGGAGCCAACCAAGGAACGCACACGGGUGAAGAAAAUCAAAUGAUGCCACCACAUAAAUCUGCUGAUGAGAAGGAAAAGAAAAUUCAUGAUUUGGCUGCUGAGUUGGAAAGCACAAAUCAACGAUGUGAAGUAUAUCGUGCAAAUCUGCUUGCGGUUUUGAGAGAUAUGGAGGACCAGAAGUUAAAAUUGUCGGUGAAAGUUCAAAAUGCAAGGCUUAGCUUGAAAGAAUGAACUUGAAAAAAAUUGAACCAAAACAUGUCCAUCGUUCUCUAUUACUUUUCCUGCUUUAGUACUUGAGGGGCUGGAGUGAUGGCUGGUUUGCAUCAAUUUCAUCCCUCAUCUUUUCUGUGGAAGAAACUAUUAUCACAGUUUAGUUGAAUGUUUGAGAAUAGAUGUUUUGCU